AUGGAAAUCGCAAAAAUCCUCGAGCGUAGAAGGAUUGACAUCUGCUGCCUUCAGGAAACCCGAUGGAAAUCGAAUGGUGUCUGUCAUGUCAACUCAGACAAAAAAAAAUGUAAACUAUUCUGGAAUGGUCAAAAGACGGCCAAAAAUGGUGUUGGAAUCUUUGUUAGAGAACCGCUAGCUCAAGAAGUACUGGAUAUUAAAAGGAUUAAUUUACGUCUCAUGGGGAUCAAGCUUCGCAUAGAAAAGCAUACAAUGAUUAUUUUUUCUGCAUACGCACCAGAGACAGGCGAAUCAGAAGAGAUGAAUAAUGACUUCUGGGCUGCAUUCUCUGACACCAUCUCAACAAUACCAAAAUCUGAAACAAUCCUGAUUGGAAGCGAUCUCUAUGACCACGUUGGAGAAAAAAUAGAUGGUUUUGACAACGUACAUGGCGGUUUUAGUUAUUGA